AGGCAGGGCUAAGGCUCCAAAGAGACAUGACAUGGCUUCUCCUGGUGCUCUGGGCAUCCCUGCUGUCUGUGGAGCUUGCCCAAGGCAUGGAUGUCAACGAGGAACCAGCCCGAAACCUGACCUGCUUCCAGUGCUUCAAGGUUCAGCGGGAAACCCAGUGUCGGCCCAUAGAGUGUCAGCCCAAUGAAAAAGUCUGCGUGAGCAGAGAGGUUCUUCUUUACACGAGUGUAAACGGAAGAACUCAGAUCAGCAAGCGCUGUGCCACCACUUGUCCCAACUCCGGUGAUUUCAAUCAGUUGUCAUUUAGCAGUAUUCAGGACAGGAUCAUCAGAAAAUGCUGUUCAACAGACCUCUGCAACAGAGCACCUGGGAGUUGGGAGGGGUUCUGGUCCUUACCAGGGAGGCUCCUCCUGUCAAUGGGUCUGAGUCUCUUUUGCACCCUGUUGUGAGGACCAUUGUCCUGUGAUACCCUGCCCCAACAUACACAUCCUUCUAGCAUCUCCUGUCUUCCACUUCAAAUACCACCUUCAUCCAUUCCAGGACUUACAAGGCAAUGUUCUGUCCCUGGGGCAGAAGGGAGGACACCAUACCCUUUGCUUAGGACUUAGCAGUCUUCUCCUCCCUGACAUCCAAGCCCAGGAAGUAGAAAUAAAACUCUGCUGCUCCUCAUGGAGACAGACAAGGAAUAUUUCCAGUGCAGACCACAGGCUUCUUUAAGAAAGCCCUUGAAGACCUUAGGCACACUUUCAUGCACUAUGUGUGGCAGGUGGGCCUGAUGAAGCCAGAAUUACAGCUACACUCUGACAAUGCUCCACAUGUGUCCAUGUUCAUGAACUUGAACUAGGCAUCUCACUCAGACACAGUAACUUGCUUCCCCACAGCCUGGCUCUUGCUCCUUUGCUGUACCUCUUCCCCAGGGACUCAUCCCUCUUCCAGCUUUCAGUACAGCCUUAAAUGACUAGAGCAGCCAAGAUCUGCAUGGAACCAUUCAGUCAGGAGACAGACUGUUAUAUUCAACAUAGAGCUGUCCCUGAAGCCUGAGGUCCAGCAUAGGGUGAGCAUGCAAUCCAAACACAGAUCUGGAGCACUAGGAGGGCUCACUGGCCACUGUAUGAGGAAGGGGAGGGGACAGAGUCUGGAGUGCCACAAGGAGAAGAGAGAAUGCCAAGGUGGUGUAAAAUCACAAAUGGUUAAAGUUUCACUGCAGAAAGCAAGGCCUGCCUCAUGGACAUUAGGUGUUUACCUGGCCUUAGAAGAGUCCCUGAGUAAGGUCAAAGGUAAGGAUCACGGAGAGGGACUAGGAGACUGAUUGACAGUUUAACUCCAGCCAGGCUAAGUGGGCUCUACUGGGCAUGAAGGGGCUGUCCAAGAAACAAGGAGGUUGCUGGAAGGCCCUUGGUAUUGGACAAAUGUACUACUAUAACCUUGCUGUGACAACAUGACGGGACAGCAAAAACUUACAGAAAAUGUAUUUGGUGCAAGGUUUCACCCUGUCAUGCUGGGGAAGGCUCAGUGCAGCCAAGCUCCCUGCAAUAGGAGAGUAUGGAGACACUGCUGAUUUCAGGGUAGACUAGAAAGCUCUGAGGGGAGCUUGGACCAGGGUUCAGGAGGAACCUUCAAGCACUAUCCAAUACUUAAUAAAAGUUCCACAGCCUCCCAAAAUAUUCCCACCAGCUGAUGAAUAAGGUUUAAAAUCUGACCCUAGAAAGGACAUUUCUGAUUCAGUCCCUAAAACAAGUAAGCCUAAAGGUGGAGUAUCUUGUUCCCAGAUGCUUACAUCUGCCCACUCCAGUCUACACAUCCCUGCCUGCCUCCCUGACCUGGUUCUCCAGGAUCCUACACCACAGUCUCAGCUGAAGUAGUUGGGGUGGGGUGCAUUACAGCCUCCAACUAGCAUUCUGCAAUUUCUUCCUAACCAGUGAUUGACAUGUUUCGUAGCCUGUAAGUGGUCUGGCAUUUCGGUUCCCUGGGUGCCAGAUUAAACAAGACCUUCUCUGCAGUUAUGAGCUUCACACUGUAUUUUAGCCCCACUCACUCCCCACACUGGACAAAUAGUAGUACCACAUGCACUGCUUAGUGAUCUAGCAUGGACAGUUAGGGCUCUGAGAGUCUCUAGAUACAAGGUUUGGGAUAUCCUCCUUGGAAUAUGUUAAGCAAGCAGGUAGUAAGAGGAACAUCUUGCAAUGAUAGCAAGGGCUAGGUGGCUCCUUGGAGAUAAAUUCUCCUGGAAAAGAUUACAUGUAAGUGCCACCCAGGUCCUGUGCUGGUGAGGCAGGUAUUUGAGAUGGACAAGGGCUUUCUCAGCCCAGAUCUGCUUGACCCAGGUACUCAGGUACUAGGCAAGCAACAGUCUUCAAAAGUGAAAUUGAGACAGAUGCUUUGGAGUUUUCUGUCUCACAUAAAUGAUAAUUAAGGAUAUGGACACAUGAGUGGCCGAAUGGAGGGGAGCCAGGGAAGACAAUGUGAGGGGACCGGUGUGGGGACAUUUUUAAAUAAGAGUUAUAGCUAGAACUAGGCAAAGAUUAGGGUAAUUUUCUUGAGAUGAAUUAAUCCUCCAGAUACUGCAUUGGCCAAGCUCCGCCAGGAGAUAAUCACACACUUCUUGCCCAACUGGGAAUAAUCACAUGGUAAACACUCCUCCUGUCCAUCUCUACUUACUUCCUUAGGUCCUCACUUUGACUCUUGCUCACCACAUUCAUCAUGGCAGGAGCUGUCAGUCACAGAAUUUGCAAGUAGUGCUGGUCAACCACUUUAGCGUUUGUUUGCUGGUCCUUAAGUUAUUCUCUCUUUGUUUUCAUGUUUACAUGAUCAGAUUGUAGUUUUACUGUAGGCCUUUCACCUUCACUACAUAUAGACAGCUGACUGCUCUAUCACUGGGUGUGUUGGCCCUUAAUCAAGCUCAUCUACCCAGUCCCUGUAUUAGUUACUCUAUACCCUUUGGAGUUGAGGUCUAAGUUCCUUUUCUGGACAGAGUAAGCAGCUACUUGGUGAUAGUAAAACUGGAUCGGUGGUCAUGUGCCACAUGUUAUACAUGAGGUUAAACUAAGUGUCAAACAACCAGGGCCAUCCAAAUGGGCAAGGAAGCCAUAUGCAAAGCAUCUGAUAGCCUGUGUGUGGCACAGAGCCAUCAAGAGUUUAACACAAAACUCAGACUCCAGCCUUUAAUCCCAGCCACUCAGGAGGUAGACGCAGGAGGAUCUUCAUUCGUCUAGGCAGCAGUGGCCACUACUAAACCAAACAGCAAAAGCCUAAGCUCUGAAGGAAGGGAGCUCACACCUCCAAGUGGUGAAGACUACCCAUGCAGGCUACAAACAACUCUAGGCUGCCUUCCCUCUUCAGUUUUCCUGUGGACCUGAUGUGACUUCUUCAGAAGUAGGAAUUUUCCUUAUAUGGUAUCUACAACAGGAGGUUUCCAGCCAAAAGGAGAGAUUUUAGAUAACAUCAAAAUGCCUGAAGCAGUCAAGGGAUGGGUCUUUGGGAGGUAAACCCAUCACCAGGCUUGAGGCUAGCAGUGGGUCCAAGCAUUACCAAGGAACAGGAAAUUGAGUUGCUCAGUGCCAUCAUCCAUAGCAGGUGGAUCAGUACCUGUGACAAAGACCCCAGUAGCUGCUGAAGCAAAGGCACUGGACUGCCUGUUCCGUCAGAGUCAAAGAGGGUUCAGCUUCACAGCACCAAAAUCACUCCUUAGACUAAAGAUAGUGGAAACCUCAGCAGCAAGGACAAGGGUGCUCAAUAGAUGCUGAGUUGCCUUGAGUGAGAGACAUCCCCACAAGAUCCGGUAUUGCACACUUGGUUCCAGGUUGGCAGUGAUGUUUGUGAUGGAACAUUGAGGCAGUGCAACCUUGCUGGAGGAAGGAUUUCAUUGGGGUGAGGGGGUGGUAGGCUUUCAGAGUUCAUGGUCUUGUCCCACCUCCAAAUCUCCAGUCCCCCCUCCAUCUCCUCCUCCCCACUCUCUGCAUUGUGAAUGUAUGACUGCUCAGCUUCUGGCUACAGCUGCCUGCUGCAAUGCCUCUCCUUCCAUUCUAGACUCUCCCUCUGGAAUUGUAAGCCCAAUAAAGUCUUUUUUGUGUAA